CAACGACGUCGGGCAUCCCAAGGCGUAAACGACAACCAAACACCAUUGCUGGGCGAUGCGGGACAAGCACUUCGAUACGCUUGCUUCCACGCUCAAUAUCUUUCCCGGGCCCUCACUUUGGACGUAUAGUUAGCAGAGCCGUCGGGUCCUAUUUUUUUUCCCCCCAAUGCAAAAGCGAAAAGGCUCCAACGUUCAACCAGCAGGGCAAAACUCAAAGAAGAAGGCUCGCGGAAGCUCCUCGUCGGCACCGGCCUCGCUGACUUCAGAGGGUUCCACUCUCACGGACUAUUUUGCCGCAUGUCGUGGGCCAGCAAACAGGGACGCCGCGGACGCGAAGGAGAACCCUGAGAAGGGUGAGGCGGGUGUUGGAUAUGCAGAGGAUGGAAGCAAGCUGUUAUGUCCAGUAUGCGGGAUACAGCUGAGCGGUGGAAGCGGUGUGAAGGUCAAUCAGCAUGUCAACCAGUGUCUGGAUGCACUGGCCGAGCAAGGGUUUGGGGACGACGCUGAGCUGAUGGACUUUGAGGAUCAGGCCACAUCGGGCGCAAGUUCUGGAACGCGCGUAGAGAGUGCUGGGUCGGCCAUACUUUCUGUAUGUCGUGUUGAUGGCUCGGGCGAGAGAAGCGAAGAUCAGGUUGAAAGGCGGCGUAAACUAGAGGUUCCCGCAUCAGAGCUGGAUUUUGUAGCAUCAAUAUCCGUGGAUCACAAUCUGCCUGUCACGUCAGUAACUGAGCACAUCGCCGUACAUAUCAAGAAUGAGCCUUCAAUGUCCCCUAUACCCAACUUCGAAGCUCUGCCCGUCACCGAAAGUCCCGCGGAACAAGAGACCGAUCCCAUGGACGCAAUCGAUGCCGCUUCCUGCGCAGAUCUAGCGAGUGAAUCCGACCAGGACGAGUACUUCUCCCAACUAUACGGCGAUGAUUUAGAAUUGGAACUGGCGGGCAAUGAUGCUUGGGACGCGAUCGACUGGGCUAGUCCGGCUCGUGGCUCAUCCUUCAAGUUGGAGGAAGGCGCCGAGGGGCCAGUCAAAACUGAAGCGACCUGGGAGAGUGAUCCCUUCUUGACGGCGGAUGCGAAGGUCGAGAAUGGAUACGCGAUUGCAAAGAGAAGACCGUGUCCGUGGUACAAACGCAUGCCUGAGACGAGCUUCACUGUCGAUGCGUUCAUGUACGGUCGCGUGGAAGGAUGUCUUGCGUAUUUCCUCACCCAUUUUCAUUCGGAUCACUACGGCGGCCUGAAUCACCGUUUUAACUACGGUCCCAUCUACUGUUCCGAGGUCACCGGGAAUCUCGUCAUCCAACAACUCCGUGUCGAUGAACAAUACAUCAUCCGCCUACCCAUGGAAACCCCAUUUGACGUUCUCGGCGUGACAGUCACUUUAAUAGACGCAAAUCACUGUCCAGGCGCAGUUCUAUUCGUCUUUGAUCUUCCAUGCGGUAAACGAUACCUCCACACCGGGGACUUCCGCGCCCACCCGUCACAUCUGACACAUCCACUGUUACGGGACCGACAUAUUGAUAUCGUGUACCUGGAUACGACGUACUGUGGGCCAUCGCAUAGAUUCCCGCCACAGGAUCUGGUUGUGGGUGCCGUCACCGACUUUGCGGUUCGGUUAUACCGGGGAGAGGAAGCGCAGCACAUCGUUGCGGGUGGGGAGGCGGAACGACAUGGCGCUGUUGGGCUGUUGAGGAAAUGGAUGGGGUCCGCUUUAGGCCUCGCGGCAUCGGCCAAUGGCACAGCCAAGUCCACCGAGUCACCAUCAAAUGGCGGCGCCACCGGCACCCCGAAGCAAUCCCUCCUGGAUUUCAACAAGCAAAACCUCGGUUUCACACCCGCCCCACCCGCCGCGCCCCGCACCAACCCACAUAACAUUCUCAUCCUAGUCGGAACCUACACCAUCGGCAAAGAAAAAAUCUUCCAAUCCAUCGCCACACGUCUCCACACCACAGUCUUCUGCACCGCCGUUAAACGCCGCGUGCUCUACGCAUUACAGGACGAGCAGCUCAUCCGCACCCUAGCUCACACCCUUUCCCCCUCAACCGCCGCCCUGGACGACGACACCCGAACCCCACGAUCCCUGGACGCCCGCGCCUCAGCCAUCCACCUCGUCGCCAUGUCCCAACUCAAACCCACCGACGUCCUCUCCUACAUCCGCCGCCUCAACCUCGACCCCGACCUCGUCCUGUGCAUCCGCCCCACAGGAUGGACGUUCAGACCGCGUAAAGGCGCCGACCCAAUAGAAGAAGAAAAACGCGGCGAAGCUUAUUCUGUCAAAAGCCUCAACCCGACCUACAGCUCCAUCUACAUCGAGACAGACGUGAACAAACAGCGAAGCGGUGCGCCGAUCCCUGCAAGUUCGAAACGGAAACAGGUUCGGUUAGUUACAUUGGGAGUGCCGUACUCGGAGCAUAGCAGUUUUAGCGAGCUGGAGAGCUUUGUGAAGGGGGUGGGAAAGUCCGUAGGGAAGGUUGUCCCGACGGUGGGGAAGAGUGAGAAGAUUGGAGAGUGGUGUAGGAGGUGGGUGGAAGAGAGGGGAAAAAAGGGGUGA